AUUAUACGAAGCAUACGCACACGCACACGGUUGCGUGCGCGCUCGUAUCGCAUCGUGUGUUCGUACGUAGAGCCUGUUGCUCCUUCGCCGUAACAGCGCGGCCCGCGUUUCAGUGUAACGGCGGCUUUCCGUGACAAUGGACACGAUGCCGAAGCCGUCCUCCUAGUCUCCGCCCAGUAGUGCGUGGCUUCGUGCGGUGAGUGAGAGCGAGUGAGAGAUUCAUAGAGACGCAGACGGGGAGACUUCUCGUACGUCGUCGUCACGUGCUGCGUGCGUUGUUUCCGUCGUCGUCGUGCCGCCGCCGUGUCCGUGUGUCGUUUCGCGCGCGCGUGCGUGUGUGUGUAUGUGAGAGAGUAUAUCUGACGUGUGCGUGCGCGUGUGUACCUCACAGCGACCAUCUGUGCGCGCCCCGUCGACAUCAUCGUCGUCGCGUAUUUCGCGUGUGACGGGGGAACAGAAAAUAUUCGGGCAAAGAGGGUGGUGUGUAUAUACGCAGGCGGCGUAGGAGGAGUAGGGUGACCAUCGUAUACGAUUUUCGUAGUACUAUUAUAAUAUAAUAAUAUUAUAUAGUACGAUAACCACCACGACCGCCGGGGUGACGAUCAUCGCCAGCCGCCGGCAUGCACCACUACCGUACCAGAGAAGACGAGACGCCCUGCGGGGGCGACCCGUAUUUCUAUCUCAGGCUAUCGGCCGGCGCGGCCCCUUACAGCCCCAUCAAGCUCGAAGUCGACGUGAAACCCGAACCCCAUAUGACGCCCGUCGACUGCUUGCAACACGUUUCUCCGCCGGCCGACUCAGGUUCCGCGGUCAUGGAUACUGUCGGCGGUUGCGGUAAUGCCGCCGUCGUGGCGGACAUCGGUGGUUGUGGCGGCGUUAUCGUGGGCGGUGGUGCCGGUGUCCGUUGCAAAGACGAAGGGGGCGCAACCGGAAUCGGUCUGCUGGCCCUCACGCAGCUCGACGGUUACGGCGGCUACAACAAUAAGUCGUACUGUCAGGCCGACGGCGGCGCGGUCGACUUGCAGCUGCAGCAUGACCGCGUCGGCGACGACGACGUCGACAAAGAGCACUGCAAAUAUUCGUACGGUCGACUGAUAUACUCAUCGCCUGAUGAUGAUAAUGUUAUAAAACAUCAGUAUGGUGGUGAUGAAUUUACACCAGACCCAGCUAGAUUUGCUGCUCAAAAACCUGGUUCAUCUGUGUAUAAUGCUGAUUCUUAUUACUUGGACGGCACUGGAAAUAAUAGCGAUGUUUGGACAACUAGUGCUACUGCUCAACUUCAGUCUCCUACAACAUAUACAACAUAUACCAACCCACCCAAUUCGUUGCUGACCACGUCUCCAAACAUGACGCCAAACAAUUUUCCGCCAACAAAUACUAUGCUAACACCAGAAAAUUUGGGCUAUAAUACUAUUGGUCCAAAUGCUAGUAUACCUCCUAGUGGUGUUUCACCUGCUACAGAUGGCCUAGGCACUUCCCCUCUACCACCUAUGUCAAGUUUGCGUGGAGCUCCUCCUUCUGCACCAAGUCCAAUUGCAGUUACCCCUAGCUCAAUGAUGUACCCAGGACAUAACAGUCCCACUAUUCAAUCUCCCGGGGAUACACUUGGCAAAACUUUAGCAUCAAUAUAUCCCACUGACCAGAGUGUCAGCAGUUACAGUUCAAAUCCAUCUACACCUGUAAGUUCACCACCACCUUUGGCACCUUUAGCGCCUGCAAACAGUGCCGGAUCUUGGACCCCUGGCGUAGUACCACCUCAUCCUGGAUCUCCCCAUUUUCCUACUGACCAUCGCACUAUUCAUUUGGGUAGUCGUAUGGAAGAAAGACUGGACGAUGCCAUAAAUGUUCUAAGAAAUCAUGCUGAAAGUCAGGCUUUAAGUUUAGCUGGUGUUCAACAUUCCGCUUCAGGCAUUGUACCAUUGUAUCAUCAACAUUUAGGAAGUCCCCAUUCAGCAACUGCUACAGUUGGAGGUGUUCCAAAUACUUACCAAACACUUUCAACAUGUCAAGACAGUGAUGGGCCAAUCAAAAUUGAAAGACUAAGCAAUAUCAAAAAACGGAAAGAACCUCCAGACAGUUCAGAUACCAAGCCUACUAGCAGUGAUCACUUGUUAGUAAAUAACAUCGUUAAUGCCAAUUCACCCCCAAACAAUUCGCCUAUAAAUAAAAAUUCAAAACGACCCCGUCGAUAUUGUUCUAGUGCUGAUGAAGAUAAUGAAGAUCCAUCAACUAAAGCACACAGAGAAAAAGAACGCAGACAAGCCAAUAAUGUCCGUGAAAGUGUGGACGACGAGAGUGAAGAUCCUGAAUUAAAAGUUCAACGAGAAAAGGAGCGCCGCCAAGCAAAUAACGCUCGAGAAAGAAUUCGAAUUCGUGACAUUAACGAAGCAUUAAAAGAACUUGGCAGGAUGUGUAUGACACACCUAAAAACCGAUAAACCUCAAACUAAACUGGGUAUUCUCAACAUGGCUGUUGAAGUCAUCAUGUCAUUAGAACAACAAGUUCGAGAGAGAAAUCUUAAUCCUAAAGCUGCUUGUCUUAAGAGGAGGGAAGAAGAAAAGGCCGAAGACAAUGUUGGACCAAAAUUGGGACAUCAUUUAUCGGUAGCACAACACAUGGUUGUCCAAGCACCACAUUUUCCACCCAUGACUUUGCCAAAUAAUCAAGCAGGCUUGCCUCAUAAUGGACCCCAGUAGCGAUGAAGUACAACUUCACCUCAAAUAUUAUGCUCCUAAGUGAGGUGAUGGCAUUAGUUUGCCCUUACAUUAAAUCUCCGUUGAAAUAUUGCCAAGUAUAUUAUAUUAGUGAUAUUUUUUUUUCGUAUGACAUUGUUUUUUUUUAUAUACUUGCAACAUAAAUGAUUUUUUUUUGCCCUCUGUGAAUAAUACAAGCUAAGCCCGAAGUUUUUAUAGACAUUUAGAUUAUAUAUUUUAAAUGUAAGACUGAAUUCAGAGUAUUUGUCAGAGUAUAAUCGUACAUUAUUCAAAUAUUUUUGCUCUUGUUAAAAAAAAAUAUAUAAAUAUGUAUUAUCGCACAUACAUUUUAAUUUUUAUCCUGAAUUCAGUCUAAAAUCCAUACUUAAUUUAUACACUGAAACGUCUUAAAUUUCCCAAUCCCUUUUCCAAUAUUAGAUUUGAUAAUUUAAAACCAGUAAAUAAAUCACAAUCAUGCCCAACAAAUAAUUGCAGUAAGUACAAAUUUAAACUCAAAACAAGUACCCACAUUUUUUUGCAACUAUCAUCUUUUAUGUUGUUUUUAAUUACAUUUUAUUAUUGUUUUUACAAUUGUUAUCAUUGGCGCAACUAAUUCAAUAAAUUAACAUAAUAAGCUCUUUUUCUAGGUUAAAUCCUUUUUUACAUUCCUAAAAUAUUCUACCGAAUAAUUAUAUACAUAUAUAUUAUUUUUUAUAACUAUGAACUGCUCUUAUCUGUUUAAAAAUAAUGACUUGUUUAUGUAUAUAAUAUAUAAAUACAUUAUAAUUUGACCAUGUGAUCUUGACAUAAAUCAAAAAAACAUGGUAAAAAAUAGUAAUGUGGGAGGGUUAAAUGUCCCACAUUGAACAUAAAUACUUCAUAAAUUUGAAACAUAUUAAUAUUCUUGACUUUCCAAAUUAAAAAAUUAGAUUGCCUGUAUAAUAUAUUAUGUUAGUUGACCAUUAUCUUAAAGAGCUACAUAAGUGGUGAAUAUUACAUAAUGUUGAGCAUUGGAAAAUAACCCUACCAAGUUGUGCUAAUGAUUAUUAUAAAAUAAUAUUCAAGUUACCGGUUACUUCUUAAGUUUGAGGGUUACAAAAUAUAUAUUCUUAAUUAGUUAGUUGCAUCUUAAAUUAAUCUUAAAAUAUUAACUUCUUUGCUUAGACUCACUCUGUCUUCACUGUCAUUACUAACGGUAUGAUUAUGUAUGAUUUAUUGAAAGUUGAUUUAUACAUUUAUUAAGUAAUGUAUUUAAUAAAAGUUUUUUUUUAAUACACAUGAUUUUAAUUCAUGUAAUAAAUACCAAAUUAAUUUUUGUUAGUAUAUAUUAGAAGAAAAACGUAUGUGUUGAAGCUUUAAUUUUUUUUCUUAUCAUUGUUUAUUAAAUAUAUUUUUUUUCUUGACAGAUUAAUAUUUUUUUUAAUAUAACUAUAUAUAUAAAUUUGCAUUUUUUAGAGAAAAACAAUUAAUUUCAUUACGUUUGCGCCAGUAUUAAUUUUACAAUCAAAAGUAUUAUUACAUUUUGAAAAACAUAUUUCUACAAAUAUAUUUUGUAAAUUUAUUGUAAAAACCGUUUCCUAAUAAGAAAAAUCUCCAUAGUAAUAAUUUUUUAAUUUUAAUUUUAAUUUUAGGUUAUUUUUAUUUUUACAUUUAAAAAACUUAAGUUUAUAUCAUUUUUUUAAGUGCUAAAAUGUACCUUUAGAUUAUUCAUUCGUUACUUGCUGCAAUUUUAAUGUUUGUUCAGAAUAUAACAAUAAUGGUACCAAUAUAAUUAUAAAAAUAUCAAAAUAUCAAUUAUCAAUCAAAUUCAGUUUACAGUUAAUUAUUCAAGUAUAUUUAACAUAUUAUGAGUGUAAAUAAACAUAUAGUAUGAACAAUUACUAGUGGUCAAAGUUAUAUAAUACUGAAAUAACAAGAUUAUUAUUCAAUUGUCAAAAAUAUAACCCAUUAAAGUGAAAAGAUGAGUUAAUAAUAUAAAUAAUAUAAAUUCAAAGAAGAUUAGGUGAUAAUAAAUAUUAAAUUAAUAGUGGCUUAUCUUUUAGAAAGAUAAAAAGUUUUGGGAUAAGUUCCUCUCACCUUCCUCUACUUUGACCACUUGUUAUUAUUUAAUACUGUUACACAUUUUAUGUUUGAUGGUUUUAGUUACAGACAAAAGAUAAAUAUAAUACGCUUUUCUUACAACUAAAUAUAUGGUGCCUACUAUAAUUGCAAGCCGUUAUUUUCCAAUAAUUUCAAUCUAUGGCUCAAAAGUUGAUCCUGAUUUAUUUUAAAUUUAUAAACAUAUUUACAUUGAUAAAGAUAUUCUUCACAUAAACAUUUAUCUACCAAGGUUUUUUUAUUCUACAUUCUUAAAAAUUGAUUUUCAGUAGUCACUGUCCACCAGUGGCAUGGCAAAAUUUAUAUUUUUCAGAUGCUAGUCAUGGUUGAAAUAUACAGAUAUUGCAUAU